AUGGCUGCGGUUGUCUCCCCUCAGACUUCCCAGGACUCGGCCUCGCAGGAGAUGGCCCCGCAGUCCCCGCCGACUUCGCAAUCGGCCAAUGCGCUGCCGCCGUUGAUAACGUCCCCGCCCUCGCAACCGCCCAAUGCCGCCAGCUCACGACCCACCUCGUACGCCAAAAACCGCCUCUCCGCCAUGUCGCAGGUCUCCGGCCCUCCUCGAUCGCGUCCGCAGUCGACCGCCUAUCCCAUCUUCCACUCCAGCCUCAGCUACACGCUCGUCCGCGACUUCGCAUACCCGCCCUAUAGCCCCCUGUUCUACGGCCCGCUGCCCGAACAACGCUCGGAAACAUCAACCCCCGUUAGCGAAUCGCAAAGCAGACGCGUGUCGGAUCCAUCGCUUUCAUGGGAUGGUUCGCGCGGGGGCUGGUCGCUGACGCCGUGGGAGCCUCGAGGCGAACAACUGCCCUCGACCAGCUUUGGCGAUGGGCCGCCGUGGAGCGAGGACGAAGACCUUCACAGCCCGGUGGUUACGAGCGCACGCCACCGGAAACACAAGUCUAAUUUUGUUGGGUUCGACAGUGAUCGGGGCCGCAGCGUGGAGCGGGGCGCACGGCGGGGCUCUUAUCACUCGACAAACGGCGAUGGGAGCCACAACUAUUACGUUAGCGACUUCGACGAGGCAGCAAAUGGUCCAGGCGGUGAAUAUAUUACUUACCCAGCUGGCGAUGGCGGCACCCCGGGCGGGCUAUCGGUUCCAUCCAUGCAAGGCCGGCGCCCGAGCUACACGGAUGAAGAGGGGUUGGUUUACGGAUCGGAGGACGAGAUGUCCGAGACAUCGUCCCAAGGGGGAUAUGCAGACGAGAGCCGGUAUUCGCGGGAUUACCAGUUUACCAUAGCCUCUCCUGACGAAGAGAUGCACGGCAAGGCCGUUGCACUGUUUGACUUUGAACGCGAAAACGACAAUGAACUGCCGCUUACAGAAGGACAAAUCAUCCUGGUCAGCUAUCGCCACGGGCAAGGCUGGCUUGUUGCACAAGAUCCACGCACCGGAGAGUCCGGCCUAGUGCCGGAGGAGUAUGUGCGCCUCCUACGCGAUAUCGAGGGUGGCUGGAAUGGUUUGAUGAACGGGGCGCAGUUUGCGGAGGAGAGUAUGACGGAAAUCAACGAAGCCGAGGCGAAUCAUGCUCCUGUUACGAGCCCGCAGGGGGAGGCGUUGACGCCAACUUCAAAUCAACAUCACCGCCGUGACGCCAGCGGACAGAGCGGGAGUUCCGAGUACUACCCUUCGGUGGUGAGCACAUUCUCCACGAGCUCCAAGGACUUGGAAAAAUACCCUCAGCACCUGCUUGGCAGUCAGGCAAACACACCAAUAGGAGAUGGAACGUUUCCACGAAGAGGAAGCAAGGCAUCAACUCAACCGAACAGUCCAAAGAAAGAGGAUCCAGAAGAGAAGGAAGGCAACAAGGAAAAGAGUGAGGAGGCCCAGGCUGCUAGAAGCACCUAG